CUUUCAAUCGCCGAUUUUUAUAUCAUCAUCGCAACGAACCCCAUUUCUUUCGCCAUCAUUUUACGUAAACGAUUCUCUUCCUUCUGGAAUCUUUUUGACUUUGAAUUUUCAUAGGUUAAUCCUGACUAGGGAUUGAGUUUCUCUUUUUACAUGAAUCUUGUUGAUUUCCUCUGAAAUCUGCUUCAAUGGCGAGGGUUUUCGCAAAACGGGAUGGCCGAUUUCCUUGUGUUUUAUCCGUAUUGAUAAUCAUCGCGUUUUGCGGAAGGAUCUUAGUAUCCGCGAGAUCUGAUCAGGAGACUAGGGAAAGAUUUUACGGAACUUUAGUUAAUUCGUCGGCGCCGGAUUCCGGCGAGGCCAGCAUCGCAAAGAUAUUUGAUCGCGUCUUAGAGAAGGAAUUCUCAGAGAAUGAGUCCACAGAUGGUUCCACUAGAAGCAGCUUUAAUAACAGCGUGACUGAUCAAGAAGCUGUACUUGAGACUGUAGCUAAAAUCACACAUGAGAAGACUAACAAAAAUGACACUCAAGAAACAACUGAAGAUGAUGGCACACAGACACUGAUAGACAAACAGGACAAUGUGUUUGUAAUAUCAAACAAGAAAUCUAAAUAUCCAAUACUUCAAGUAGAUGUAAGACUGAUUUCAGAUUUGGUUGUGAUCAUUGUUUCUGCUGCUAUUGGUGGAAUUAUCUGUUCUUGCUUGGGACAACCGGUUAUUGUCGGGUAUCUUCUUGCAGGCUCCCUGAUUGGACCUGGUGGGUUGAAAUUUGUAAGCGAGAUGGUUCAGGUUGAGACAUUUGCACAGUUUGGUGUGGUGUUUCUUUUAUUUGCUCUAGGACUCGAGUUUUCUAUGCAAAAGCUAAAAGCUGUGGGCCCUGUAGCUGUUCUUGGAGGAUUACUUCAAAUACUUAUUCUUAUGUUUUUGUGUGGAACAUUGGCUGUGUUAUGUGGAGCAGGGCUGUCAGAGGGUGUUUUUGUUGGUUGCUUCCUGUCAAUGUCAUCAACUGCAGUGGUGGUGAAAUUUUUGGUUGAGAAAAACAGUAAUAAUGCUCUUCAUGGUCAAGUCACUAUAGGGACACUCAUUUUUCAGGAUUGUGCUGUUGGCUUACUAUUUGCCUUACUGCCAGUUUUGGGUGGCAACAGUGGGGUUUUGCAGGGGAUGGCCUCAAUGGGAAAAGUGCUGAUGACUUUGUCAACAUAUCUGUUUGGUGCAUCACUUUUAACAUGGUCAUUCAUGCCACGGUUUCUCAAGCUGAUGGUGCAACUGUCAUCUCAAACAAAUGAACUCUACCAGCUAGCUGCAGUUGCUUUUUGCUUAUUAUCCGCUUGGUGUAGCGAUAAAUUAGGGCUAAGUCUUGAGCUGGGGUCUUUUGUGGCUGGUGUUAUGAUUUCCACAACUGAUUUUGCACAACAUACGUUAGAUCAGGUGGAGCCAAUUCGAAACUUAUUUGCAGCUUUAUUUCUAUCUAGCAUUGGGAUGCUUAUACAUGUACAGUUCUUGUGGACACAUGUGGAUAUAUUACUAGCAUCUGUUAUUCUGGUUAUAGUUGUUAAGACUACAGUUUCUGCAGUCAUUACAAAGGCCUUUGGAUAUAGUGUUAAGACAUCAUUUCUUGUUGGAAUUAUGCUUGCUCAAAUUGGAGAGUUUGCUUUUGUUCUAUUGAGUCGUGCCUCUAAUCUACAUCUAGUUGAGGGAAAGAUGUACCUUCUUCUUCUUGGAACAACUGCUCUGAGUCUGGUGACAACCCCUGUACUUUUCAAAUUGAUACCUGCUGUGAUGCACUUGGGAGUUUUGAUGCAUUGGUUUCCUCAAGACACCACCCCACUACUACCUGAGGAGAAAACGUCUGUGAUUGAAACACAUAGCAAAAUGAUUGAACAACAACGAGACAGAGUGUUAUGACAGACAUGUUUGUUUAGUUGUAAGGGUGCAACAAAGUUUGGUUUUCUGUUUUCUGUUGCACCCUUUCAUUGAGAGUUGGUAGGGGGUAUAUGUUGGCGGCUAACUUAGGAAUGAAGGAUUAAGGAAUAUUGAUUAGUUGAUGUGUACAUAUAUGGUAUAGGGGUUUUUUGUCUUUCUGUAAUAUAUGUGCAAUCAUGUGAUGUGAUGUGUGUAGGAACUAGGAAGGAGGAUUUGUUUCAAAAUACCAUAUUAAUACUCAAUUUUGAUGACAU